AUGAGCCAGAAGCCAGCCCUUCCGGCCAAACCGGCCGACUUACAAGUCCGACCAAGAGCCAAAACCGCUCCGUCAGCCUCUUCGAAUCCUGCGCGGCGAAGCAGCGGCGGGACAACAUCUGCGGCCAAAAAUGGCGAACAAAAACAGAGUGGCACCGCCGAGUCACCUUCGACAAGCGCGCGAAGCUCAACCGUGAUCGCACGCCCGCCCCCACCCAACAAAGCAUCGCCUCCAGUACCUCGCCGGAACUCACCCGUCAACUCACGAGGGGAUUCCAAGCCAGCGCGUCCUCGGUCUCCGAGCGCCUCGGGACCCAGUGGAGCCCACAGUCCAUCACAUGAACUCGCUCGUAGCCCCCUGGCCAUCUCCAGUCCCGCAUCUCCAAAACCUCAACCUCGACAACGCACCUCAGCCGCAGAGGGCGGCAAUGCUUCGGCAACCAACUCGGCGCCCUCCUCCAACAGAAACUCAGACCAAGCCACAGAGGUCUCUCCACCGCGAGGCGCCCGACCUUCCCUUCGCCCCAAACCAGCUGCGCGGCGCAUAUCUGAUGCACCGCCCGGCCAUGUCACCACUCUUGGCGGUGUGGCAGACGCCGCGGCGGACGCCGCUCAAAGACGGCGCGGCUCGCUAUCACCCACCUUUACAUUCGACGCUAAACCAGCGGCCCCUAUUGCUGGUUUGCGGCCUCAGUUGCCUCCGCGCCGCCAAACUGCAACGGUUUCGUCCUCCCAUAGCCGUGAUACGCCCACGAACAGUGGCACUGAGUCCAAUCCGGCUGCCCCAGCCGACACCGAAAGCAGUGCCCAGGCUCCAAUCAUCGUGCCGGUGCGACCCAACCCCAAGCCGCGGCCCAAGUCUCAGGAUACGAGUACUUUGCGCGCCCAGUCGCUUUCCAUGAGCGAGGGAUCGGGUGUUCCCGCUAUGCGACCCAGCGUGCCUCGACGCACCAUUUCUCAACCCGCUGCUGCCGUGGCAGCAGCGGCAGCCGCCGCGGCCAGUGCCCAAGCCGUUCCUGCUGAGCGUGGGCAAAAACCCUCGCCCAACGCCACCCGUCGCAUGGCUCCCAUCCCGGACGAGGUCAAAGCAGCGCGGCUCAAAGCCAGCAGCGAGCCUGCACACCCAGCAAAUCCCCCGCCCCCACCGCCCUCAGACACACCCUCACGCACCUCAACCGAGUUGGCCCAAGACACCCGUGCUUCAGACUCAGCCUCCACGAGGAAUUCCAGCUCCGUUGCAGCAUCCUCGCCUCCGGCUGUGCGCGGCAUUAGAGCCAAGCCUCAUGGUGGGCGAAGCCUGGUGCCCCCGCCCCGCCCUCCAAAGGUUGCACUUCCUCAACAUCUGGCAAGACAGGCUGAGGCAAGCGGUCGCCCGAAGCCUGCUCCGCGCCGCUCCAGCUCAACCUUCCUCUCAGCGACCAAGCUGUCCCAAUCCUUCCGUCUGCAACCUCCCAACAAGACCUCCACAGAUAGUAGUCCAACGCUGCCAACCCGCAAGAAUAGCCUCCCCACAGAUCUUGGAACUUCCCCAUCCAAACCGGAUGACAAUGCCGAAUCUACUUUGGAAAAAUUAGAAGAUGAUCAACCGGCAGAAUCCUUUUUCGCCGAGUUUUUACGACAGUAUCCGGAUACCAAUCUCCAAGACACCGACCCGUACGAAAUCACCAGUUACACCGCCAAGAAGAUGCGCAAGGCCGUCAAGUGUGAAACCAACCGGCAUCGCCUCAAAAAGUAUCCGAAAUGCUUCAAGGCGCGGGAUGCGAUUGAGUUUCUCAUCGAUCGGAACGUGGCGGGUGACGAGCUUGAGGCCGUCCGCAUUUGUGAGGGCAUGCGUUGUUACGGCAUGAUUGCCAAUGUGCAGGAUGCUUCUUUUGGCUUUGAAAAGGGCACCGUGAUGGCGUCGCGCCCCCCGUUUUAUCGUUGGCGCGAUGAAAACUUUUGGAGCAAGGAUGGGCUUCAGUCUGCUUUUGGCUUUGAGGACACACGCUCUCUACCAUCGGUUUCGGCGUCGGAAGACUCGCUAAGCAUAUCUUCAACAUCGCGCACUCAUGAGAACAGCGUUGCCUUUGUCAAUCUGGGGCCAUCCACCUCAGUCCCUCCCGGUACCGCAUUACCUCCACCGCCACCGGCGGCCAUAGCCGCACCCCCCAGCUCCAAUUCACAGAACGCUUCAGGACGACCCUCGCCCAUGGCUCAGGUCGCGGCGACGAGUCUGCCCCACGUAUCGUCGUCUGAUCCCGACACUCUGAUGAGCCAAGCCCAACUCGCCUUUGGCAUUUUUGGCAAUCCUCCUCCUCCAACGGCCUCAACCAAAGUGCCCAGCACUAGCGCAACAUCUACCACAACUGCCAGUCCAGCCUCCAAUGCUGCCGCCUCUGCGCGUGCAGAGGCGCGCGCCUCGCUCGUAUCCGCCCCCACACCUAUUGCAGCGCCCAUCGGUCAAUCCCGGCCAACAUCCGUGGCGCUUCGUCCUCCUUCAACCGCCCGACCUCCUUCUACCAUGGCUGUACCAUCAAGCAAGCCUGUGGGUGUGAACAAAGCCCUGGACGCUGCCGUGGCUGCGGCCGUGCUUUCACGCAAGACUUCUGUGGCCACUGCAUCCGAUACAGCUGUCAACGUUGAAAGUAACCCAGUUGCCACCCGCCCCCCAGCGAGCGCGACCUCGGCGAGUGUGACCCCGACGAAUGUCACUCCAGCGAGUGUGGCCCCAGUUGCUGCUGCUACCCCCUCAGCCACGCCUCCUGUCGUGACAAAGCCGCCCUCAGACACUUCGAGUGGGAAGCCACCGGUUCUGCCGCCCAAAAAGCCCACAGUUGUUGGUGCCGCAGGUGGUUCAGCCUCUGCACCUGCGGCCGGUGCGCCACCUGCAUCAGCACCGCCCGGUUUGGUGACUGGGGAUCAGAAAGCGUCUUCCGUGUCGAUACCAGAGCGCGGCUCGCCGCCGGACACUGCCUCAAAUGCAGACGCUGACGUCAACCCACCGCAGCGGACGCCCUCAAUCGCCAGCCUGGAUUCAAACUCAGACUUUUCGGAUCUAGACUUGGACUAUGAGUUUGAUGAUGCUGAUUGGUCUGAUGAUGAAACUUUUGACGCCUUGCAGGAAAGUCAGAACAGCACACAGAGCAACAGUCGAUCCGUUCCUGUAGCUCGCCGCCAUCAACCAGCCGAGGACGCACCAGCAAGGUCUCGGUCACACGGUGCUGGUGGUGAUGACGAUGACCUUCACUUUGAGGAACCAGACAAACAUCUUUCGCCAUCGGCAGGAGCCACGACCGUGUCCAUGGAUUAUGGCGCCCCAGUCCAAAUCGACGAGGCUGACUGGCAUGAUUCCAGCAAGGUCUAUGAUGUAUUUCGCUCAACGGUGCAGGAAGCCUUUAACAACCCAUCACGGGAUCCUAUUUACGAAUCCGUGGAGGAGUGUCGGCCGGCGGAGAUGACAGCGCUGCCGCCACCAGCCCCGGCACCCAUAUCCGAGCUGCAAUCAAAGCUUUGGCGCUAUCGCCAGGAUGUCAUUGACUCGGGUAUUGCUGAUUCCAUGACCAAGCUGGAGUUGCGGCGCCAGGAUGCCAUCAAUGAAGUCCUCGAGACUGAAAAAACGUACAAGGCAAACCUCGCAUCGUUCAAGAAGCAAUUCAUCGUGCCCCUCCUGGUGGCCGCUCGUACCAAAGUGGGCGAUCAAAUGGUCAAUCGUGCAUCGGAUCAUGAUGACAUUUUGUCCAAGGACAUUGUUGAGGAUCUUAAAGACUGUGUCGAGCGGUUGGAGCAGACUAGCAAAGCUCUCAUCGAUGACCUUGAGGAGCGGCGUAACGAGAAUCUUGUCGUGGAAACCAUCGUGGAUAAGUUUGACUUUCAUUUGGAUGCACUGCGCCUCGCGCUUACCUACUACAGUCGUGUGGCACCUCCGGCCAUGCACCAUCUGGGCAAGAACUCCAAGCAGGUGGAUCUCUUCCUGCAACAGUUCUCCGAAGCUAGUCAUAAGGGUUUGACGAUCCAUAGCUAUGUCAUCGAGCCAGUGCAGCGCGUCGCGCGUUACCCACUGUUGAUGAACGGCAUUUUAGCGGCAACCCCCGAGGACAGUGAGGACUAUGCGGCCAUGCAGCGAUUGAUCCAGCAACUCAGCGACGUGGCGGACGAGUGCAAUGAGAUUGCGCGCAUGGAAGACAACUACUUGAGCUUGUUGGAGCUUGAGGAAACGCUGGACAUGAAGGGCCAUGAACCUAUCGCAGGGCCUUCACGAACUCUGAUUCAUCGAGGCCCCGUGAAGCGUGUGCUCAUCAAGGAUGGCCGUGUGGCACGAGUUAAGCCGGCUGAACUUGUGCUGCUCUCGGACAUGGUUUUGAUUCUCAAGAAGCAGUUUCUUGGAUCAAAGAGCAUCAUUAAGCGGCAAAUUCACCGCAAGCGUGUUCGGAUCCAGGACCACGAGGGCUUGCCCGGGGAUCGUCCCGAGGCUCAACACUUAUUCAUGCUCUUUCUCAACAAAGGGCAUAUGGCAUCAGAUAUGGAGCCUUUCAUCCUCCAUUGUAACACCGCACAGGAGAAAACCAAGUGGCUGGAGGCUUUUGAUCCGCCACGCGACGAGUCAAACUACUUGCAUUGGGAUUGCCCGCAAGUCGUGGCGAUUGCUGACUGGGCGCCGCAGGACAGCGAACAACUCCAACUGAACAUCGGCCAGAUCAUCAACGUGACGCGUCCUGACGAGGGUGGGUGGUCCUAUGGCUACUACGCUGAUCGACCGCGCAACCGUAGGUUGAAUCCGGACAAGCUCUUCCCGACCAAUCACACCAUUACAUUCGACCCUUCAAGCAGUUUUGCUCAUCUUUUGCAGAGUAGCGUCAUCUAG